AUGCUACUGAAGAAAGAGAUGACCACAAAAAUGGGGAAUGGAAGCACGGUCCAGGAGUUCAUCUUGGAGGGAUUUCCUGCUGUCCAGCAUCUGGGAAAGGUCCUCUUCGGGGUGCACCUGCUGGCAUACCUGGCAUCCAUUACUGGCAAUAUUGUCAUAAUCACCAUCACCUGCUAUGACUCCCGCCUCCACACUCCUAUGUACUUUCUACUUAGCAACUUUUCCUUUAUUGAGUGCUGCUUCAUAACCACUGUUAUUCCUAAAUUACUUGUCAUCUUUCUUCUAGGCAGGCAAAGAAUUUCAUUUGUUGCCUGUUUUCUACAAGCCUUUUUCUUUCUGUUCCUGGGAGCAACAGCUUUCUUCCUCAUGGCAGUGAUGUCUAUGGAUCGGUACUUGGCCAUUUGCAAGCCUCUGCACUACCCAGCCAUCAUGACAUUGAAGACUUGUUUCCUGCUGAUUUCUCUUUGCAUUGCUUUAGGCUUUACUCUCAUCACUGCUCUGAUGGUGAAGGUUUCCCAGUUCUACUUCUGUGGUCCUAAUCUCAUCCCUCAUUUCUUCUGUGACCUUGGUCCCCUGAGCAGCCUCUCCUGUUCUGACACUACAUCUAUGGAAAUGCUGGCCUUUGCACUUUCCUUUUGCAUCGUUUUGACAUCUCUCAUCAUAACCAUUAUUGCAUACACUGGUAUAGUAGUCACAAUCCUGCAUCUCCCUUCAGCCAAGGAGAGACAGAAAGCUUUCUCCACCUGCUCAUCUCACCUCAUUGUCCUCUCUCUGCUGUAUGGCAGCUGUGUCUUUAUAUACAUGAAACCAAAGCAAACAAACAGGCUGUACUCCAACAGGGAGGCUGCCCUUGUGAACACAGUGGUGACCCCACUGCUGAACCCUGUCAUCUACACUCUGAGGAACAAGCAGGUUCACCAGGUUCUCAGAGACAUACUAUGCAGAAUCAAAAUAUCAAGAUAA